AUGCCGGCGGGCAUGACGAAGCAUGGCUCACGCUCCACCAGCUCGCUGCCACCCGAGCCCAUGGAGAUCGUGCGCAGCAAGGCGUGCUCGAGGCGCGUCCGCCUCAACGUCGGUGGGCUGGCGCACGAGGUGCUCUGGCGCACCCUGGACCGCCUGCCCCGCACGCGGCUGGGCAAGCUGCGCGACUGCAACACGCACGACUCGCUGCUGGAGGUGUGCGAUGACUACAGCCUCGACGACAAUGAGUACUUCUUCGACCGCCACCCGGGGGCCUUCACCUCCAUCCUCAACUUCUACCGCACCGGACGGCUGCACAUGAUGGAGGAGAUGUGCGCGCUCAGCUUCAGCCAAGAGCUCGACUACUGGGGCAUCGACGAAAUCUACCUGGAGUCCUGCUGCCAGGCCCGCUACCACCAGAAGAAGGAGCAGAUGAAUGAGGAGCUCAAGCGCGAGGCAGAAACCCUACGGGAGCGGGAGGGUGAGGAGUUCGAUAACACGUGCUGCGCCGAGAAGAGGAAAAAGCUCUGGGACUUACUGGAGAAGCCCAAUUCCUCUGUGGCCGCCAAGAUCCUUGCCAUAAUUUCCAUCAUGUUCAUCGUCCUCUCCACCAUUGCCCUGUCUCUCAACACGCUGCCCGAGCUGCAGAGCCUUGAUGAGUUUGGCCAGACCACAGACAACCCCCAGCUGGCCCACGUGGAGGCCGUGUGCAUUGCAUGGUUCACCAUGGAGUACCUGCUGCGGUUCCUCUCCUCCCCCAAAAAGUGGAAGUUCUUCAAGGGCCCGCUCAACGCCAUUGACUUGUUGGCCAUCCUGCCAUAUUAUGUCACCAUCUUCCUCACUGAAUCCAACAAGAGCGUGCUUCAGUUCCAGAAUGUCCGCCGCGUGGUCCAGAUCUUCCGCAUCAUGCGUAUUCUCCGCAUUCUUAAGCUCGCACGUCACUCCACUGGCCUCCAGUCCUUGGGCUUCACUCUGCGGAGGAGCUACAAUGAGCUGGGCUUGCUCAUCCUCUUCCUUGCCAUGGGCAUCAUGAUCUUCUCCAGCCUUGUCUUCUUUGCUGAGAAGGAUGAGGAUGACACCAAGUUCAAAAGCAUCCCAGCCUCUUUCUGGUGGGCCACCAUCACCAUGACGACCGUUGGGUAUGGAGACAUCUACCCCAAGACUCUCCUGGGGAAAAUUGUGGGGGGUCUUUGCUGCAUUGCAGGGGUCCUGGUGAUUGCUCUUCCCAUCCCCAUCAUUGUCAAUAACUUCUCUGAGUUCUACAAGGAACAGAAGAGGCAGGAGAAAGCAAUCAAGCGGAGAGAGGCUCUGGAGAGAGCCAAGAGAAAUGGCAGCAUCGUAUCCAUGAACAUGAAGGAUGCAUUCCCCCGGAGCAUCGAGAUGAUGGACAUUGUGGUUGAGAAAAGUGGAGAGAACAUGGGUCAGAAAGACAAAGUGCAAGAUAACCACUUGUCUCCCAACAAAUGGAAAUGGACAAAGAGGACACUGUCCGAAACCAGCUCCAGUAAGUCCUUUGAAACCAAGGAGCAGGGAUCCCCUGAGAAGGCCAGAUCAUCUUCUAGUCCUCAGCACCUGAACGUCCAGCAGUUGGAAGACAUGUACAAUAAGAUGGCCAAGACACAAUCUCAGCCCAUCCUCAAUACUAAGGAGCCAGCAACACAGAGCAAACCAAAGGAAGAACUUGAAAUGGAGAGUAUCCCCAGCCCCGUAGCCCCUCCGCCCACUCGUACAGAAGGGGUCAUUGACAUGCGAAGCAUGUCGAGCAUUGAUAGCUUCAUUAGCUGCGCCACAGACUUCCCUGAAGCCACCAGAUUCUCCCACAGCCCUUUGGCAUCACUCCCCAGCAAAACUGGAGGUGGCAUGGCCCCAGAGGUUGGCUGGCAGGGAGCUCUGGGUGCCACUGGUGGUAGGUUUGUGGAGGCCAACCCCACCCCUGAUGCCAGCCAUCCCUCUGCUUUCUUCAUUGAGAGCCCCAAGAGUUCCAUGAAGACCACCAACCCCUUGAAGCUUCGAGCACUUAAAGUCAACUUCAUGGAGGGGGAUCCCAGACCGUUAGUCCCCGUUCUGGGGAUGUACCAUGACCCCCUUAGGAACCGGGGGGGUGCUGCGGCAGCUGUUGCUGGGCUGGAGUGUGCCACACUCUUGGACAGGCCUGUGCUGAGUCCAGAGUCCUCCAUCUACACCACAGCAAGUGCUAAGACACCCCCCCGGUCGCCAGAGAAACACACAGCAAUAGCGUUCAACUUUGAAGCAGGUGUCCACCAGUACAUUGAUGCGGACACAGAUGAUGAGGGGCAAGCGCUCUACAGUGUGGACUCCAGCCCCCCCAAGAGCCUCCAUGGGAACACUAGUCCCAACUUCAGUGUCAGGACAAGAUCAGACAAGAACCACUUUGAAAGCUCCCCCUUACCCACCUCCCCUAAGUUCUUAAGGCAGAACUGUAUUUACUCUACAGAAGCAUUGACUGGAAAAACUCCCAGUGGUCAGGAAAAGUGCAAGCUUGAGAACCACAUCUCCCCCGACGUCCGCGUGUUGCCGGGAGGAGGAGCCCAUGGAAGCACACGGGAUCAGAGCAUCUGA